CGUUUUGUCGACACACAGGAAGAACUGUUGCAGCAGAAAGUUUGCAGUAAAGUUGCUGUUGUUGGGAAACUUUCCACUCCUUCCUCACAGAUGAGAAGCAGCUGUAGGGACUCAUAAUCGUCACUCAUGAGACGCUAUGUGAGCUGGUGUGCAGACCCUGCAGAGCCACCAACGCCUGCAGAGAAAGAUAAUAUCUCUCUCCAAACCCAUGAUUCAGCUGCUCCAGGAUCAGUCCCACAUCUCCUCCUGACCCCUCCAGAAACCAGAGGACUGUUUUCAGUUGAACCUCCACAGACGACUGUAACUAAGAGAAGACAUGAUGAAAGAAAUGAUGAAAGAAGAAGAAGAGGACACAAGGAGGACUCGUCUCCUCACCUUGUCCUCCCCAGGAGCAGUCCGGUCAUCUCCAGACGGCACCGGCCCGUCUCCUGGAGCGGAGGAGGCACCGAUGGCUCUACUCUACCCAGGUCUGACGCUCCGUCUCUGGAUCAGCAUGUGACACAUGAAGGUGUUCACUUAUCCUCUCGCUGUGUCUCAUCAAACCUGAACGCUGAUGUUCACCUUCAGCUCAGUGAACAGCAGCGAUUGGCUGAGGAGCAGAGGGGGCGGGGUCCCUGUGACUGCCACAUCCCUCAGUCACCAGACCUCCCUCCUUCAGCAAACAUUAUCAGAGAUUGGCGGAGCAGCGGUAUCCCAGAAUUCUCUGCAGACCUCCUAAAGACUCGCUGUGAGCUGGAGCAGGAAAACUCUCAUUUCAUUGUGGUGGACUUGGUGCUAGAAGUUCUGGAGGGAGUGAAGUGGACGUUAAUGACAGAAACACAACAGCAGACACAGGGCCAGAUAAACUCACAACAACACAAACAACAACAAUGCAAACAACAACACAAACAACACAUCCAGACCAGCACAUGCUUCACCGUGGACUCUGCAGUCACUGAAUGGCUGCAACAGAGUCAUAAUCACAAACACACAAAUGCUGCUGAAGAAAUGCAGACAACACACAAAAACACACACUCCUACACACUCUCACACAAACACACACAGGAAGUGAAGGAUGGCCAGUCAGAGCAUCAACCCAAGACGUUCUCUGUCCUCUCCACUGACAGCGGAUUUGAAGACGGAGGGUUUGAGUCGGUGCAUACAUCCAGAGAUUCUCCUAGGCAUGCGGAGCGUCUGGCCCAGCAGCUGGUGUCAGAGUUCAAGAGGAGCUGGCUUCCUUCAAACGGACCUCGACGCGGACGUUUGAGUCUGAGAAGCUCACUGCAGGAGUUACCAGGUGGAGGCGGUGUGACGGCGAGCAGCAGCAGCAGCCUGACAGCCGAGAUCAGACUGAGGACCAGGAUGAGAGGGCCGCUGAGUUGGGCACCGCCACCAGUCCAGAUCAUCUUCAGUGUGCAGCCCAACCUGAGACGCAAUCACAUCAUUGCUCUGCAGAACUUCCUGUGUGCAGGAUGUGGAACUGAAUUUGAGCACAAGCACAUCAAGAAGCUGCGUUACUGUGACUACCUGGGCAGGUAUUUCUGUGAUUGCUGCCACAGCAGCUCUGAGGCUGUGAUUCCUGCUCGAGUGCUUAAUGACUGGGACUUCAGCAGGUUUCCAGUGAGUGAUUUCUCCAAACAGCUGCUGGACUCGAUCUGGUUCCAGCCUCUGUUCGAUCUGAGCCGUGUGGGUAAAAAUCUCUAUGGCCGAGUGAAGGAGCUGCAGCGAUUCAGGGAGCUCCAGGAUCAGCUGCUGGGCAUCAGGAGGCUACUGAUGGCCUGCAGGUUAUCAAAAUGUGUGAUGACAGAGUUUGACCAGCUUCCCGCUCACCUGUCAGAGCAGCCUCAUCUUUUCUCCAUGGAUGACCUGCUGAGAGCAAAGAAGGGUCAGCUCGUCUUUCAGGCACGAGGUGUGCUUAACGCCGCUGUCAGCCACGUGGAAAACUGCCAGCUGUGUCAGGCUCGAGGUUUCAUCUGUGAGUUCUGCAGAGAAAAAGACAUCAUCUUUCCGUUUCAGACUGAUGUAUGCAGGCGCUGUCCAGUGUGCAGGACGUGCUUUCAUAAACUUUGUUUCAUGGAGAGGAGGUGUCCAAAGUGUGCUCGAAUCCAAUCCCGUAUAAAGACUUCAGCCAGAUGAGCGCUGGGAUUACAGCAGUAUUACCCAGCUCCUCUGCACUUGUUUGAGAUUGCAUAUUUCCUAUGGAAAUAAAUGAGCAGAAUGAGUCUUUAUUACCUCA